ACAGUCACCCGGAAGCAUGCACAAUUCCCAAAGAUGGCGGAGCAAUGUCCAAUGGCGAUAGCUAUGCGCCUAAGAAAUCAACUACAGACUGUUUACAAGCUUGAUCCACUAAGGAAUGAGGAGGAAGUGAAAUUGAAAAUCAAAGACCUCAACGAGCAUAUUGUAUGUUACCUGUGCGCUGGCUACUUCAUAGAUGCUACAACAAUUACAGAGUGCUUACAUACCUUUUGUAAAAGCUGUAUUGUGAAAUACCUUCAGACCAGCAAGUACUGUCCAAUGUGCAACAUCAAAAUUCAUGAAACACAGCCUUUGCUGAAUCUAAAGUUGGACCGAGUAAUGCAAGACAUCGUCUACAAAUUGGUCCCAGGUCUGCAGGAGAGUGAAGACCGCAGAAUAAAAGACUUUUAUCAGUCACGUGGCCUUGAAAGAGUUAUACAACCUUGUGGAGAUGACAUAUCCCCAGAUCAUGGACGAUUACCGUAUACAAGCUUUGAUCAUUCCAAAGCUCAUUUCUACAGAUAUGAUGAACAGGUUUCCUUAUGUCUAGAGAGGCAAAGUUCGUCGUAUUCAUCAAAGGAUAAAAGCAAAUUAACCUUACAGCAGAAGUUUGUCCGGUGCUCAGUCAGAGCAGAGGUCAGACACCUGAGGAAAGUGUUGUGUCAUCGGCUCAACGUGGAAAAGCACCAGGUCCAGAUGUUACUCAAUAAUGAGUCCCUUCCGGAUCACAUGACCAUGAAACGGCUGUGGCUCUCCUACUGGUUUGGCAAGGCUCAACCCUUGGUCCUUCACUACAGCAUCAAGGACAAACGCACAAGAUAGAAGUUUUGUAAUGGUCUCAACAAAUGUAGACAUUUUUUUCUAUUUUACAUAAUUAUUAUAUUUGAUAUUUUUGUGUGCUGACGUUUUUUAUUUGAUUGUUUUGUACUUUUGAAAAUAAAUUAAAAUGUUUA